GCCAUGGGCCGCAUGGGCUUCGGUAACUUGCUCCACACCUCAGCCGACCAGGUGGGCCUGCGGCCGCAGGCCUCUGGAUCUACAGGGCGUUCGCUGCGAGAUUCCUUCGAGGAGGUGCCAGCCAAUGCAGCCACUGUUCCAGCGGGGAAAGGAGGCAAGGCGAAGGCGUCGCAGGGGCACAAGCAUCGACAUGAAGAGAAUGCUGCGGCCAAGGAGACUGAAGAGCUCGAGGAAACGCUGCUAGGUCGGCUCAAAAGCACCCCAUUGACAGGCAAAGAUGAGCUUGAAGGGAAUCCUGACCACGGCGGAGGGGGAAUCGAGGACUUUCUGAAAAUGAAGCAGCCAAUCUUCAAAGAGUACCGAUUGCUGGUGGACACCGAUAUGAGGCCUGGCAGCGGUACCCGGGGUGACAUCUUCAUCCAAAUGCAGGGAAAUCGCGGCAAAACUGGGCUCAUCCAUUUGAAGAAUGGCUUCAAUGAUUCGGAAAGAACUGAGUUCUCCAUUUUUGCCAAGGAUGUGGGUCAGGUUGACACGAUCCGACUGGCGAAUGAUUCCCCAAGCCUUUGGACUGUGGACCGCGUCUACCUAGAGGGUCCAGAAGGUUGGCGAGAGUUUCCAUUCGGCCAACAAUUGGGGUGGCCAAACAACCCCGAGGCUACAGUGUUGCCGAGCUUGGUUUCGCCUGAAGUCGCUGAGGAGUCAAUGGGAUUCCUGGGCAUCGUUUUCACUUUGCAGAGUCAAGCUCUUCACCUUAGACAAAGUUUGCACAUGAAGCUUGAGUUUGAAAAGGAUCGGGCCGCGCAAUUCCAAAGCUUCCUCUGAGGGUUGAGUUGCGUGGAGUC